AUGUCACGAUUGCUUUUUGCAAUUUUAUUCACAUCAGCGUUCCACCAGUGUCACCUUGGCUACUUUCGCUCAAAUGUUAUGUAUAAACGGGAGCUUGGGAACCUGGCAGCUUCGUGCAACGACGGAUCGAGACCUGUGUAUUACUUAGGGCAUCAGAAUCCCACAAAGUGGAUGAUCUUCUUGGAAAGUGGAUCGUACUGCUUGACGAAACGUCAGUGCAUUGAAAGAUUUGGUAGCAAGAUCACACACGCUUUAAUGACAUCAAAGCAUUUCCCAGACUCAAUAACAGGCCGAGAUUUGCUGUCGACCGAUAUAAAUACCAACCAUUUGUACUACGACUUUUCUCGUGUUUUGAUUCCUUAUUGUAGCAGUGAUUCCUGGCUAGGCACGCAAACAAGAUUUAACGUAUCCAGCUCAAAAGACUCAAACAGUACAAACGAAUUCAUUUUUGGUGGGAAAAUCAUUUUUCAAAGCGUGAUUCUGGAGUUAUUAGGUCAUCAUUUCAAUCGCGCCCGCGAGGUUGUCUUUGUUGGAAGUAGUGCUGGAGCUAUUGGCGUAUUAAACCAUGUAAAAUGGUUAAAAAAUAUCCUCCUCUCCAUGAACGCAAACACAAAGUUGUCUGCAAUCUUUGACAGUGGAUGGUUCAUAAAUUUUCAAGAAAGCAUCGCGUCAAGAAUGACAAAGGAAUUCUACAGCGUUGGACAACCUUUGUCUCGCGCAUGCGCUGAUUUUUCAUUCGGAUUCCCAUGUUGCCUGUCAGCACCGUGUAUGAUUGCACAGGGAUACUACCCUACAGACAUACCAACUUUCUUUAUUCAUAGUAUGUUUGACAUCUAUAUCGUCGGAGAAGCUGUUCUUCGGUUUACUGACAGAGUCUUUAUGGCAGAGAAUGGAGCAUCUGAUCUUUUAACCAUGGUUGAAAUGUACGGAGGGGCGAUGAACCAGUCACUACUUGUUACUUACUCAUCAAACAUUAGCUUUUUCGUCCCGGCUUGUUUUCAACAUUCCUUUUUUAGUAUGUCGAGCUUGAGAGAAAAAGGAGGCUUGUUACAAUACAACCGACUGUUCACUCAAGGAAAUGCUGUAUUCAGGUAUGUAUCACUACAACAGAAAAAGUCCAAAAAGUGCUCUUUCAACACUGCGUGACCUUUGCUUUUCAAAAGGCCAUUAGCCUGCGUAGCAGGCGCUUGGAAGAAGUGGGCACAAGAAAAAACGGGCGCAAGAGAAGGAGACUCCCUCACCCCUUGCGUGUCUCCCUCGCGCGCGCCCGUUCUCUCUUUCGCCCGCUACUUCCAAGCGCCUGCUACGCAGGCUAAAAGGCCAUUUGCACGAUUACGUCAUUUUACUACCACGACCAGGAUCUUCCUUCAGGUUUUUGCUUUCCUGCUCAAAUUAGGCCGUUUGCUGUGAAAACUUCAUGUGUCGUUGUGAAAACAAUAGUAUUUGGACGUCAUCAUUAUUACGAAAAUUGAAGGCCUGGGAAAUCUCCAUAAUUGACUAAAAGUUCGUGCAAGCAUUCCCGAGCAAAUUUUAUGAAUUAGGUUACCUUUUGGUGUUGAUAAAGAAUAUUGCUUUCUGGGCACCCUCAAAGGUUUUUAUUCAUCUCUUUUCAUUUUGUAAUUUCACUGUAGAACUUUCAAAAGACCCGGGAUGUGGUUAUCCUUGGCAAUCCGUCGCGGGGAUGAGAAUGUGCGUCUGAUUUCUACUCUCCUUAAGUGGGCCAAGUCACCUAACAGAACUUUACGGGUGACUGAUAGUUGUCUUGGACCGAUGUGUAAUCCGACGUGUCCCGAAGUAUUCGCUUUCGUAGACUCCGCUGUUCAAUGGAGCGAUUUCCUCAACGGAGUGGUCCUUUUUAUGAGUUUGGUAAUGACUGUGUUAAGUGUUAUCCUCAAGAUAGUCUUUGUGGUUAAGUUUGCUCUGCUGAAAAGAGUUCAGGAAAGAUGUCUUAAACAACAUGAAUCAGUAAAGGUAAAUAUUCGGGGAUCUGCGCUGAGUGUCUUUAACGUAAAUAAAUGUGACAUCAGCCUGCGCACACAUUCUGAACCAAUGAUUACGUGACUUGCUGAAUAACAUCAUCAUCACUCCACUAUGAUCGUCAACCCAAGAGAGUUUAUCUUGUCUUAAUCAACAUUGUUACUACGACAUUAACGUCAUCAUCAUCAUCAUCAUUGGCAGCAUUAUCGUUAUCGUUAUCACUAUCAUUAUCAUCAUCAACAUCGACGUCACCAUCAUUAUCACCAUCAUCAUCGACAGCAUUAUCAUAUUACUAUCAUCAUCAUUAUCACCAUCAUCAUCAGCAGCAGGAUCUUAAUUCGCCAUUUUCAUCGUCAUCAUUAUCAUUUUCAUUACUAACAUAAUAACAUGAUUAUAAUCGCUAUAAUUGAGCGUUUGUAAUUAUUUCUUUCUCUACUUAGGGCUUUGUUGGCGAACCAGCAAUUCCCAUCAACCUCGUUUACUCAUCACCAGACGUUUCUACUCAUUAUCGAUGCUUACUUGAUGCUAAAAAGACUUACCGAAACAUCGAGCAACCAAGAAAGGCCCAUGAAGACAAAGCCCAUGGAUACAUUGCUAAAGCUUAUGACGCAAUAUUUUAUGGAACUGUGCAGUAUUUACGUGCAGCAUUUGGAAAAAAUAUUCAACGUCCUGAUGAUGAAAACUGUCAUGAAAGACAGUUCAAUUCGAACAACAUUCCGAGACGUAAAGAAAGUGCGGUCCUAUUAGAUGACGGUUUUAAAGGGCCGGACGAAGGUGAAACUGAAACGGAAAGUAUGGGAGUAAAAACAAGCAGAAAUUUUCAUACCCAAAGUAUUCAUAACGUAGCAUUGAGGUUCAAUCAGGGUGAGUUUGUUGGCCUUGUUGGAAACCAAGGAGCAGGAAAAACAACUUUAUUGGGGCUUCUGAGCGGACGACUAUUGUGUGAAUGCAAACAGGUAAAAGGCACAAUGAGAUGAGGGGUGUAGUUGGGAUUUUUCAAUGGGAAGGUUGUGUGUGUGUGUGUGUGGGGGGGGGGGGGGGUCACUAUGUGUCACACCCAUCGUUCUUACCAUGUUGUAGAAGAAAUUGCUUUCAAACUGUCUUUACUGAUUUCGGACAACCUAUAGACCUCAAGUUAGUGACCUUAAUAACAGGAAUAUGUAAAAGCGGGAAUCUAUUUAUGUUAAUUUUGUGUGGUUUAUUUUGGCCUAGAAUUUCGGAUUAUUGGUGUGUCCGUUAUUACAAGGUGUCCACAAGGCCAGAGAUGACAAAAGUCACAGCGGAACAGUUGUCACAAAAGUUGUUUUAAAAAAAUUGCCUAAAAAGCGAACGGUUGCUGAAUACUAACUGUUGAGUUGUGGCCGAAGAGUAACGCCAAAGGCAUCUGCUUCAAAAGCAAAAAUUUACCGAAUAGAUGGCGGCUGUUUGUUGAGCAUUUUCACUAAUCAUCCUUUUUUCCUUUUGAUUCUUAAGGAACACUUGUUUAUCAACUACGAGGAGAUAGCUAAAGUCGGUGAUAGAUACAGAAAUAAAACUGUCCAAUUGUCGGAGUUUACUGUGCCUUAUUAUGGAAGACUUAGGUUGAGACAGUACCUCACACAUGUUGCCCUGAUGCGGAUGGCUGGAAAUGACAGCAUGGUGGUGAAACGAGUAGAGCAAGUAAUCUAUGAGGUGCGUAUCAAAGACUGACAAGAAAUGAUAUAGUUAUUUUGAAAUUCACAAUAAUAGCGAAUAUUCGGCACGUUGACGUCAUCAAUGUCCCAACUCUGGGCAGUAACUGGCUCUUAAAACGAAAAUUUCUUUUAUCGCAGUUUCAGUGCUUGGCACAUUUGUAUAAAAAAACAUUAUGUUCAAAAUUUUCAGUGACAAAAUUUUAGCAAUCUCGUUCUUUUGUUUAUUUUUUGCAGAUUUUUUCCUCUGUUCGUUAUCUUAUGUCCAGUCAAGUGUGAAAAAACCUAUUCUUGAAAUUAAAAGUUGAGCGUCGACGAGUCUUCCUGAUCCAUUCUGAUUUAGGCUUAAAAUUUUCACGAAGUCUUCCUUUUACCCAUACAAUAUUUCUAAAGGUAUUGUCGAAACUGUGCUUCAAUAUUCAUUAUCUUUUAGACAAAACUUACCACAAUGGCGGAAGAAACAAUGGAUGGGUCAUUCAAAAAGAGGUUUACUGAACUGCAGGUCUGUUUUUGCGGUUCUUUCUUUGUAAUAAAAAUCAAAUUUCUUUCGAACAAGAAUUGUUUCCUCCUGUAAUUCUGAAUUAAAAGACUUACUUUGAUUGCAGACACGUCGUAUCUGUUUAGCAACGCAUCUAGUCACCAGACCUCUUGCCAUUUUUAUAGAUGAACCAGUGGCAGGUACGUCAUAUAAAAGCGGACGGGAGGGACCUAAGUAACAUUCCAGAUGCAAGUUACUCGUCAAUUACUAGAGCGAGUUCUCGCCUAACCAGUGAGCGUUCCAAAGAUCUGGUGUUUUGACCAACAUUUCUUUAUCUUGCCUGUUGAUGAAUAUAAUGGUUCUACUAAAUCUUUUCAGGUCUAAACGCUGUGUCGUCUUUGGAAAUGCUUAAUACUCUAAGAAGACUCAGUGAUAAUGGACACUUGGUGAUAAUAACAUUGAAAUCUCUUCCACCAGAAACAGCUGGGCUGUUCAACCAAAUAGUUUUAUUAUCUGAUCACCAGGUGGGUGAAAAAUGAAAAGGAAUUUGUACCUAAAGCGUCGUUUUCAGUGGCUUGUCAGAGAACUAAAACCAAUUGAAUUUUAUUUUACCAAUCAGAGCGUCGCACACUUAAAUUGAACCAAUCAUAGCUCGACACGUGGCUCGACACCGGCGGAAGAAAAGUCGAGCAAAAAAAGUUAACUCUCGCCUCUGAUUGGUCGAGAAAGUGGCGCGCAAUUUUUUUGCCCAAUCAUUGAUCUUAGAACGUAACAAAAGCGCUUCAGUAUAGACAAAUAGUGGAAUUUGGGCAAUUUCAUUGGGUACGUCUUAAGUAUAACUUAUGUUGUCUACUUUAGGUGAUUUUCAGUGGGAAUCCGUCAAGUCUCUCAGAACAUUACAGCCUUUUGACGGAUGAAAAAACUGAGGACAUAAAGGGAUUAGAAGGCGAGUUUCUAUCGUAGAGAUUUAUUAUACUCGGAAUUGUGUUUUUUUUUUUGCGAAUGCUUUGUUUUUUGCCGGUUUGUAUGUUUGAAUAAUCGAGUAAGACAAGAAGAUGUCUUAUGGCUCGUAGACGUCGUGCACGAUUACUCGCAAUGCCGGUUGAUGGGCCAUUUCCGAGUUACUCCAAGCCUCUGUUUCAAGGCGAGGCUAAGUGCGAAGCUAUUGAUAUAAAAAUGUUUCAUUUUCAUGCAAAUCUUUCGUGGGGCCUGAGCCAGAGUUGGAUCGGACAUGCACAGUUUAUUAGACCUACCACUCGUGUAACUGUUGUGCUAGUUUAGUAAAGUGAUUCGAACGCUAGCAAUGUUAUUUGUGUUACACAAAUAACACUCAUUUCCACAGGACAGGUUUUGCAAUUAGCCUCGCCUUGAAUUUUUGAAAUUCGAAAAUGGCCUUUUGUAUCGUGCGUCUACGCCUGACAUUUUUGCAUCAUUACAGUAGUAGAGAUAUUCGUCGUCUCUGGCGUCAACCUCGUUCUUAGGUUCUCUCUUCUUCCCGUCCCCAUGGCACCCUGGGAACGAGGAGGCGUAUAAAGAUAAGACGCACUUAACGUCGCUUUUAACAGCAGGACGUUUAGUGCGUCUGGGUGUCUACUUCUGUUUGGAGAAGAAGAAAAUGUCCCUCCUAAUAAACUAUAUUCUCUUGGACAAUCAAAGAGAGAACUUUCAAAGGUCAAAAGAGAUGGAUAAAGUCUUUUCUCAGCCUCUCGGCUCUCAGUUGUGCUUUUCCUAAAGGCAUGGCAUACGGGACUGUUCGUGAAUUAUACACAUUUACCCACUAGCAGCCCAGUUGUGAGUUACCAGUAUUCACCAGCUGACGUUAGCAUUUUUACAAUAUUCUUCAGAAAUUGUAUUAGAAAUUCUUCAAAAUAAAAAGAUGACAGAGGCCAUGAUGACGGAAAAACAUGUCGAAACUAGUGCCGAAGAAAUCACCCAACCCAGCAAGAUGGAUAAAAAUGUGCUGCUAUCAAGGUCACAAAACUGGUAUGUGAACGUUGGCUUUGUGAAAAAUGCGCUGAGGUACAACCUAGGCUUAGUCUCCAGCCAUGGGCAUGGGUGUCUCGAUACACCCACAGUCCUCCCCACCCGGUCGCAUCGAGACACCCACGCCUUUAGCCUGUGAGAGCAGACGUCUACUCUCGUAGGCUACCCACGCCUUGACUAAUCGCCACUCUAGUUUAUUUCAUGUACUCAUAACAGAUUGUCUUUCUUUACAGCACCGAAAACAGUGGGACCUUUACGAGGUUGUUUGUAAUAGACACCAGAGAAUCGUUGUCACAUACACUAGGAAAAAGCAUGUACUUACCAAUCAUGUUCACCAUAGUUGGUUUGACUGCCGGGACUGUUUACUGGCAGGAGGAAAGGCCUGUGUUUAUUAUAACUGCGUACUGUGGUGCCUCUAUCCCCAGUCUCCUCUUGCUCGGCUCUCUCCUUGAGAAACAAAUUAACAGAAGUCUGGAGGUAAGUGAAACAACCCUUGCCUAGUUCCUGUACGUCGUCUUCCUAGGCCUUCUGGGUCAACGCAAAUCGGUGACGUAUCCAAGACAAACAAACCAUGUGACCGGAAACGCAUAGGCCGUGUGGAAAAUGAGGCUUAGAGACUAGGUUAAAACAACCCGACAGUAAACCGCUGCUUAGUCUUGAAACUCUUUCCUCGGUUCUUUAAUACAUUGGGUUUUGAAAAAUCACUGAUCAGUCCGAAUUUUCUAUCUAAGAGAAGAGAAAUAAUGACACUGCUUGAUCAAACAACAAACAUAAUUAAACCUUUAACAUAAUAUUUUGGCCAGUCAAAGAAGCUUUUGUUAGGUCAUCUUUUGCCUAAUUUGUCUAGGGGGGGGGGAGGGGGGGGGAUUUGUCUGAUAUUUACCACUUUAGAAACAAAGAGGCUAGGCCGAGUUAACUUUCGCAAAGAAUUCCUGGACUGUUACUACGGACCGGGGGAAACAACUGGCCAAUAGCUGACCAGCCCGUGCUCAGUAUCGAUCCCAAAAACAAUUGCGCCACGCAUUUGGGCUCCAAUCCCCUACUUGUUUUUAAAUGGGGGUGGGGACGAAUUCCAUGUUGGUAGCCGAUAAUCCUGUUCCCAUAUCUCCCACGGUCAUUUGCAAACCUACAGACACACGCCAGUGAGAUCUGGAUUAGAGGCUAAGUAGCCAAAGGACGCUGAAAGGAGCUUGGCAACUGGUCAGUUGUAUAAAAAUUUGUCUUUGUAAUGUCCACAGAUUCUUCGACAGGAUUCUUCAGAAAACGUUGGACAUACCCUCGAACACGUGAUUCAAACAUUUACGACCACAACCGCCGCCUGCGUAUUUCCAGUGGUUUUGUGCUCAGUUUUAACGUUCCUGAUGGUAUUGACGUCAUAUGAUUGGUGGCGCUUUUUCCUGGUCACUGUCAUUACACUAGUAUUGAACCAAACGUGGAUUGCAGUCUAUAUGAUGAUCAUCUAUGCGAAUCCUAGCAACGCGUGUCACGCAACGCUUAUGGUGGCCAUUUUAGCAGGGUUUGCUAGUGGAUUUGUCGUGACGCAAGAACAGAUGCCUAUAGGGUUAGUGAGUUCAGUGCUUAAACUGGUAAUCUCUUCCCAGGGAAGGAUUCCCCGGAGAUGGAAAGAAAGGCCCUGGGAACGAGGUUGCCUUAACGGCCAUAGACAAUUUGUGUUUGUAUUGUUUUUUGCAGAUUCAAUUUGCUGUUCUACAUCAAUCCCCAGUUGUACGGCUUCUCUGCUAUUACUAAAGUCUUGUUACGGAAUGUUCAUCUAAAGUGCGAGUUUGAAUCCGCUCUGAACUGUAUCAGUAAGGACGGCAAUGCUGUGUUGGCGAAAUUCGAGUUUGAUUCAGUGAAUCCUUUUGAAUAUAUGAUGGUUAGUGGACCUUUUUUUAUCGUGCAACAGGAAACCAUGGCUGCCAUGUUCAGUUUUGUCAAAUCAUGCUCGCUUACACUACUGUGGUGAUACACGAUUGACUGUGUUGCAUGUCACGCCUAGUUACGUCAUCUUUGGCAUGUUGUACGUUUCCAUCACAAUAUGUCACGCAACAUUAUUUUUGUUGUACGAGAUAUUUUGUUUUUGUUAACUCACAGUUAUAUUUUGUACAUGGUAUUCAAAAAUCAUAGUUGAAGAUAAUUAUUGAAAAACCUCUGUUAUAUAGAUUGGAUUUGUUUCUUUUAGAUUAUGCUGUGCUUCACUUGGCUAUGUCUACUUUUGUCCUGGUUUCUCUGUAACAGAAAAGUACCGCGAUGGCGCCGCUCAGCCAACGAACCUUAA